GUGUCCGUGAGAUGCACUUCGCAGUUUUCCUGCCUCGUGCUGGGUCUUCGAAACCGCGCCAACAGUUGAUUCUCUGACCAAACGAUUUUUUUUACGGACAAUAAUAUUCCCUUUUAUUCGCUUUUUUAUAUUUUAAUUCUGGAGAUAUUUUUUUUGUGUUCAUUUCAUUUCUUUUAACAAAGCGAGAAAAAGAAUUCCAAAAUGUUAGAAGGCACUUUAUCCGUUUACGCAUUCAUUGUGAUUUUUCCACUAGCUGUGAUAGGAGGCUUGCUUUUUCUCAUUAGAAAUUUCAUUCGAUCGACAGAAUAUUGUGAUGCCGAUGCCAGAUUCGAUGGAAAGACAAUCGUCGUCACAGGUGGCAGCAGUGGUCUGGGCCGAACAUUGGCCGCCGAACUGUGCAAAAGGGGUGCCCGAGUUAUUGUGGCCUGCAGAACAAAAGCCAGGAGAGAUUCGACGGCCUAUUUUCUCAGAAGCAAAACGGGCUCCUUCAAUUUGAGAACCAUGUUCAUGGAUUUAAAUAGUCUUGAUUCUGUAUUCGACUUCUGCCAAGACUUGGUCGAUACUGAAGAAAGAAUAGACGCAAUUGUCAAUAAUGCGGCCACACUGGAGCCGCAAGACAAGACAUCCGACGACUUGGACAAAAUGAUCGGCGUCAACUACAUCGGCCAUUUUCUGCUGACCAACCUACUAUGCGACAAGUUGCUGAAGCAUGGCAAUGCUAGUAACCCGGCAAGAAUAAUCAACGUAGUGUGCGGCAGUUUCCGGUCAGGACACAUCUUGAACAUGGACGAGAUGGAGGGCAAGUUCGAUGGCAGUUACAACAUGCGCAAUGUCUAUCGAAGCACUAAGCUGGCCCUACAUCUCAUGACGAAGGAGUUGGCUCACAAGUACGUCGAGGAAGGAGUCGUGGCCUACUCUGUGGAUCCUGGCUAUGUUAAUACUGGUUUAUACCGACACCUGGAAGGUCCUUUUGGAAAAUUCAACCAGACUUGCGCCAAAGCAUUGUACAGAACCACCGAAGAAGGCAUGCAGACCAUCCUGUACUGUCUGUCCAGCAAGGAUGUACUGAAAUUGUCCGGUUCUCUUUUCAAAGACUGCCGAGUCUGUGAUGUGAGGAACUCAGCCUGGACCGAGAACAGUAUCAAGGACCUGUGGACCAGAGCCUCAGAACUCAUUCUUUCAAAAGGAAUCAAACUGGAGUUAGGGGCCGCCGAUGAAGAAGAGGAAGAAGCCGACAAGGCAGACAAUAGUGAACAGCAAGACUCAGAGCAAUAACAGAACUAACAGAACAGCAAUUGUUUAUUUAUUGAAUUUGUUAGUCUUUGUGGUAAACGUUCGAGACUAAACAAAUAGGUUUUCCUGUGUUGUUGCUGUUUCAGAAGUUAGCCUAUGUUUGCAUUGCUUCUUUUGAUGUAAAAAAGCUGUACUUCAAAUUAAGACUGUGUCAAAGAAACAAAGGACAAAAUAUUUUCCAAGGAACUCGUAUAAAAUGCUUGCCUCUUCAAAAAAGUAAAAAUAUUUUAACAAGAUUUGUAUCCUAUUGGGAAAAUUUAGCUUUUAAGAAAUUAAUUAUUUUUAUUAUUAAUCAUUUAUGCUGAAGCUUAAGAAGGCUUUCCUAAGGAUUAAAAUUAUGAAUUACGUUAAUUUUCACUAAAUAAAAUGCUAUAAAAGUG